AUGGCUGCAAUUUUCAAUCUUCUCUCCCUCACUCUCUUCCUUGCCCUAGUUUUCCAAGCUUAUGGGCAGCCUUGCUCUUUGAGAGACAUUCAAGUUAAGCAACAAAAAACAUCAUCAUAUGCACAUGGAAAGAUAGUAUAUAAUGUUACUGUAACCAACAAUUGCAUUUGUACUCAAUCAGAAAUAAAGUUCAAAUGCAAUGGAUUUAAAACAAAUUUAUCUGUUGAUCCAGCAAUUUUUAGUGAUGAUUGUCUUCUCAUCAAAGGAGGACCACUUUAUAAUGCUCAAUCUGUCAAUUUCUCUUAUGCUUGGCAGCCUCAGUUUACAUUUACACCAAUUUCUUCUCAAAUUGCAUGUUCUUAG